AUGGAAAAAUUCCGAAAGGAUAGGUUCGAGGAUAAUGACAGUGAGAGUGAGGAAGUGUUUUCUCCCAGGUCAAAAACGACAAUGAUGCCCGAAUCGGAUUCAUAUAAUGAAGGAACUAAAUCCAGUUCGGCUAGAAAGAAAAAAAGAAUGACCAGGCGUCAUCGUACUACAGCAAUGGAAAUCGAUCCACAAACUUCUACCAAAAAAGAGAAAAAAAUGGAGUUGGAUGAAGGAGAAGAAUCGCAUAUAUCUUCAAGUGAUGCAGAAGAAGAAUUCGGAGGUGUUGAUGCUGAUGAUGAACAAAGUGAUUGGGUCGGCUAUUCUGGGGAGGGAGAUUUUUUUGAUACCCCGGAUAGGAAACACAGACGCACCAAUUCAAAAAGUCAAAUGUCGCAAUUACAAAAACGUCUUGAGAAGUUCGCUUUAGAAGGUGGUAAAGGGGAAAUGGGUUUAGAAUUCAAAAUGAGAGACCGUCCGAACUCUGCGCAUUUCAACCGUAUGUUAUUACAGUAUCGCUUAGAAGUUGUCAAACGCCAACGAGGUAAUGUAGUCUUGAGACGUAAACUUAAUAGCUGCUCAGCAGUAAAAGAAUAA